AUGUCUCCCAACGUUCUCGCCGACAAGGACGUCAACGCCACCGUUGUCUCCAACAACGACCAGGCCACCAAGGAUGUUAAGAGCAUGGAGUACCACCGCCAGGUCCUGCAGAACAAGAUGGCCCAAGAGAAGUACGACAAUCCACAAACUCACCGCUACCAGAACCAAACCCUAAACUCUGGUCACAUCGAUAGGUCCAAGACAUACAUCUCGCCCUCUGACAACAUCAUGAGCCCCUGCACAGCCAAGCUCAACGCCCUCCGCAACAAGCAGGUCGGCAAGGUCAAGCCCAAGUCCCUCUUCGCUCAGGCAUCCGCCAAGAAGCUUGAGGGCGACGCCCUGUUCGGCAGCAGAACGGCAUCACCUGGCAAGGACAACACCUUCUAG